AUGAGCAACCGCAAGAGUACCGCUGCUAGUUUGUUGUUGCGACAAUACAGGGAGCUGACUGAUCCAAAGAAGGCUAUCCCAUCGUUUCACAUAGAAUUGGACGAUGAUUCGAAUAUAUUUGUGUGGGAUAUCGGAGUUAUGGUGCUGAAUGAGGAGUCUAUCUACCAUGGGGGUUAUUUCAAGGCACAGAUGCGGUUUCCCGAGGAUUUCCCAUUCUCACCGCCACAAUUCAGGUUCACGCCUGCUAUCUACCAUCCCAACGUUUAUCGAGAUGGUCGGUUGUGUAUCUCGAUCCUACAUCAAAGCGGAGAUCCCAUGACCGAUGAACCCGAUGCUGAAACGUGGUCGCCGGUGCAGACUGUGGAGAGUGUUUUGAUCUCGAUAGUGUCGCUACUGGAAGAUCCCAACAUAUCGUCUCCCGCCAACGUCGACGCGGCGGUGGACUACCGUAAGAACCCCGACAAGUACAAGCAGCGGGUAAAGAUGGAGGUGGAGAGGUCGAAACAGGACAUACCUCAAGGGUUUGUGAUGCCCACGUCGGAUGCAGCCUAUGUGUCGCAGCUGGGCAAGCGAGAAGAACCGGAGGAAGCAAGAGACAUGGCAGACAACUUUUGGUACGACAGCGAUCUGGACGACGACGACAACGUGACGGGGGACAUGAACGACGACUCCUUCUCAUACGACGACGACGAUGUUUAUAACUACCGCGGCCGCAGAGGCCAGGACGACGACGAGGACAUAGGGUUCGAAGACGACGACGAUAGCAUGGAUAACGACAGUGUCAUGGAUAGCAAGAAACCGCACAAGACAGAGGACGAAAGUGAAGAUUUGGAGGAAGUGGAGAAGGUAGGUAAGAGAUAG